UGGUCGUUAUUCCUACUAUUUUCGCUUUGCAAGCAGGGGAUGUUUGGUGCUAAAGAGGCAAUCAAAGACAUGUAAAGCAUUUAUUUUUGGAAGACGUGUUGUUUUGGUCGCAUUGUCGUAACACGUGAAAGCAAGAUGGGUGACAAACUGAAUCCUGCCCCGAAGGAAGGCGGCGGGAUUCUGAAUCGCAUAACAUCCAUGCGAAAACAGACGAAAAAGAGCAAGGACAAAGAUGUCAAUGGGCACAAGGUGAAAGAACGAUUGCGCAGCACACAAGAAGAACCUCUAUUUGACCAAGACAUGGAGGAUGAGAUCGACCGGGUUAAACAUGCACCGGCUGAGGAGUUUAACAAAAUGUUUGAGAAGAUGUUGGAAGAUAUGAAUUUGUCAGAAAGUCUCCGAGAACCCAUUCGUAACAGAGACAUGGCAACCAAGCUGGACAUGCUGUGCAGUUUUAAAAGAAGACAAAUGGCUUCCCAGAAAACUUCACAUGCUGGUCUGACGUCACCAGAUGAUUACGUGAAGGAGCUACAGAGAACAGAUGUGUCUGCUGAACACCUACUGAAAUCACUGCAGUCAGUUCGAGUGUCUCUUACAGGCAGACCACUCAGUUGGAUCCAGGAGUUUGGUGAAGAAGGUCUUCAGUGUUUAAUUAAACACCUACGAGAAUCCUGCUCCAGGGGAGGGGACAUUUAUAAACGAAUUCAACACGAAUGUGUGAGAUGUUUGAAGGCCUUCAUGAACAACAAGUAUGGUCUCAAUAUGAUGUUAAAAGGCGAGGAUGGAUUGACUUUGUUGGCAAGGUCAAUGGAUCCUAAUUAUGCAAGUAUGAUGGCAGAUGUCGUCAAGCUCAUGGCAGCAGUGUGCCUUGUGAAUCAUGAUAAGGCUCUUGAAGCAAUCACUGUUUGUGGAGAGCUUGAAGAAAGAGGAAGAUUCAGUAAGAUAGUUGUAGCAUUGGAUGAUGAUCACACCAAUCUCAAGGUGGCCUGUGUUCAACUCAUCAAUGCACUUGUCAGUACACCAGAUGACUUAGAUUUUAGAUUACAUCUGAGAAAUGAAUUUGUCAGAGAAGGCUUGAAUGAUCCUUUGCAGGAUCUCAGAGAUUUGGAAAAUGAUGAUCUAAAUGUCCAGUUAGACAUCUUUGAAGAACAUCGAGAUGACGAUACCACUGAGUUCCAGCAGAGAUUUACUGAUAUAAAAAUUAAUUUUGAGGACCGAAAUGAGAUCUACCAGAUUAUAACAAACCUGAUUCAGGACACCCCAUCAGAACCCAUGUUCCUCUCCAUUCUACAGCAUCUGUUACUCAUCAGGGACGAUGUUCAUGCCAGACCUCAGUAUUACAAGUUAAUUGAAGAGUGCAUAUCACAGAUUGUCCUUCACCGAGGUGGAAUAGAUCCUGACUUUGCUUCAAAAAGAAUGGAAAUCGAUGUAGAACCCCUCAUUGAAACACUGGUUGAGAAAGCACAGUAUGAGGAAGCGGCGGAAAAAUCCAUGCAGCUUGAAACCAAGUUGGAACUUGAAACAACAAUGCGACAGGAAUGUGAAGCUAAACUCACCUUGACUUCAACAAAUUAUGAAACCAAGAUAGCAAGCCUGGAAAAAGAGCUGGCAGAAGCACAAGAACAGGCCAAAAGAGGAGGUGGCGGAGGAGGAGGUAAGGAUGUUCUUUAUGCCAUUUGCUUGUGCUUUAGAACUGGACAAAUCACAAAAAGUGUUCUUUUUACUAAAAGUGAAUCUUCCUCAGCUUUACAGUCCUUUCAUCCUGUAAUGAAACCAUCAUUAAGACAUGAGUGUUUUGCUAGACAAUCCACCUCUCAUAAAAAUAUGUCACUAGUGAGGAUAUUGAUGAUGUUAUUUCGUAUUUUGUGUGGUUGCUACUUUUGGGGAAAGUUCUGGCCUCAGCGUUUUGUUGGGUCUGGGACUGAAAAAUGUGAAAAAAAUUUCUCUGGAAACUUAGAACAUCAAAGGAAAUCUUUUGAUGUCUUUGGUUGGAUCCAGGAGUUUGGUGAAGAAGGUCUUCAGUGUUUAAUUAAACACCUACGAGAAUCCUGCUCCAGGGGAGGGGACAUUUAUAAACGAAUUCAACACGAAUGUGUGAGAUGUUUGAAGGCCUUCAUGAACAACAAGUAUGGUCUCAAUAUGAUGUUAAAAGGCGAGGAUGGAUUGACUUUGUUGGCAAGGUCAAUGGAUCCUAAUUAUGCAAGUAUGAUGGCAGAUGUCGUCAAGCUCAUGGCAGCAGUGUGCCUUGUGAAUCAUGAUAAGGCUCUUGAAGCAAUCACUGUUUGUGGAGAGCUUGAAGAAAGAGGAAGAUUCAGUAAGAUAGUUGUAGCAUUGGAUGAUGAUCACACCAAUCUCAAGGUGGCCUGUGUUCAACUCAUCAAUGCACUUGUCAGUACACCAGAUGACUUAGAUUUUAGAUUACAUCUGAGAAAUGAAUUUGUCAGAGAAGGCUUGAAUGAUCCUUUGCAGGAUCUCAGAGAUUUGGAAAAUGAUGAUCUAAAUGUCCAGUUAGACAUCUUUGAAGAACAUCGAGAUGACGAUACCACUGAGUUCCAGCAGAGAUUUACUGAUAUAAAAAUUAAUUUUGAGGACCGAAAUGAGAUCUACCAGAUUAUAACAAACCUGAUUCAGGACACCCCAUCAGAACCCAUGUUCCUCUCCAUUCUACAGCAUCUGUUACUCAUCAGGGACGAUGUUCAUGCCAGACCUCAGUAUUACAAGUUAAUUGAAGAGUGCAUAUCACAGAUUGUCCUUCACCGAGGUGGAGUAGAUCCUGACUUUGCUUCAAAAAGAAUGGAAAUCGACGUAGAACCCCUCAUUGAAACACUGGUUGAGAAAGCCCAGUACGAGGAAGCGGCAGAAAAAUCCAUGCAGCUUGAAACCAAGUUGGAACUUGAAACAACAAUGCGACAGGAAUGUGAAGCUAAACUCACCUUGACUUCAACAAAUUAUGAAACCAAGAUAGCAAGCCUGGAAAAAGAGCUGGCAGAAGCACAAGAACAGGCCAAAAGAGGAGGUGGCGGAGGAGGAGGUAAGGAUGUUCUUUAUGCCAUUUGCUUGUGCUUUAGAACUGGACAAAUCACAAAAAGUGUUCUUUUUACUAAAAGUGAAUCUUCCUCAGCUUUACAGUCCUUUCAUCCUGUAAUGAAACCAUCAUUAAGACAUGAGUGUUUUGCUAGACAAUCCACCUCUCAUAAAAAUAUGUCACUAGUGAGGAUAUUGAUGAUGUUAUUUCGUAUUUUGUGUGGUUGCUACUUUCAACAUUUGCCUAUUAGUGUUUUUAUCUGUAUUUUAGUUGAAAAUUACACAUCUGGGACAUANGGCCCACCACCACCGCCUCCACCACCAUUCCCGGGUGGUGGCCCACCUCCUCCCCCGCCCCCUCCUGGUGGAGGCCCACCACCACCUCCCCCACCACCAUUCCCGGGUGGUGGCCCACCUCCUCCCCCGCCCCCUCCUGGUGGUGGUCCUCCUCCUCCACCCCCUCCUCCAGGUGGGGCACCCCCUCCACCAGCAUUCCCUGGCAUGGGACCCCGCCCUCCAUUUGGGUCGCCUGUGCCCGUUCUACCUCCUGGUGUUGCACCAAAGAAGAAGUACAAACAAGAAGUGCAGUUGAAACGAGCUAACUGGAACAAGAUCAACAUGAAGAACUUCACUGAAAAUACUUUCUGGGCAAAAACGAAGGAGGACAAGUUGGAAAAACCUGGUUUGUUUGACGAACUGACGAAAACGUUCGCUGCCAAAAGUGCUCCGAAGAAGAAAGAAGAUGGAGAAGGGCUGGAGAAGAAAGCAGCUGCCAAGAAAAAGGGCAAAGAUUUGAAGGUCAUUGACCCAAAGAGCGCUCAAAACUUAUCAAUUUUCCUCGGCUCGCUUAAAUUACCACACACGGAGGUUAAGAAGUUAAUCUUAAAAUGUGAUCAGGUGGUUUUGACAGAAAGCGCCAUCAACUCCUUGCUGAAGUAUCUUCCAUCACCAGAACAGAUGCAACAACUUGGCAAUAUGAAGGAUAACUUGGAUGAUCUGAGUGAUCCUGAACAGUUUGCCUGCAUGCUUAGCGGCAUUAAAAAGUUGGAACAAAGAUUAAACAUGAUUCUAUUCAAGAUGAAGUUUCCUGAAGACAUGCAGGACAUAAAACCAAACGUUGUAAAUGCGACAGCGGCUUGCAGGGAAGUAAAGACCAGCCCGAAAUUCUCCAAGUUUCUCGAACUUGUGCUCCUUAUGGGUAAUUACAUGAACUCUGGCUCACGAAACGAGGGCUCAAUGGGAUUUGAGAUGAACUAUCUCACUAAACUGAGUUCAACCAAGUCCAUGGACGGCCAGUUAACAUUGGUUCAUUUUCUUGAAGACAUCAUAGAAACUAAAUAUCCCGAGAUUUCAGGAUUUGAAAACGAGUUGACUCACGUGGAGCAAGCUGCAAGAGUGUCAGAUGAAAUUCUGCAAAAGUCGAUUAACACAAUGCAGGGAAACCUGAAGAAACUUGAAAAAGAACUGGAAAUAUACAAACCGCUUAACGAUCCUGACGAUCAGUUUCUACCUGUUAUGAAGAGUUUCUACAGCAGCGCCAAAGACCAAGUCGAUGUUCUGGUCGAGAUGCAUAAAAACAUGACCACCAUGUACAAGGAACUGGUUGAGUAUUUCUGCUUGGACGUCAAGAAGACCACCAUGGAAGAGUUCUUUGGUGACAUCAAAACUUUCCUGGACUUCUUUGAGAAAGCCAAAAAGGACAACGCCAAGCGGAAAGAAAAAGAAGAAAAAGAUAGAAAAGCCAAGGAGCGAGCGGAAAAGGAAAAAGAAAGAAAGAAGCGAAUGGAGGCUGAAAAAUCCAAACGAAAACCUGUUGUGGACAUGAAUGCUGAUGAUGAUCAAGAGGGAGUGUUAGACGGCCUCAUGGAGGCGCUCAAUACUGGAUCAGCAUUCAGGGAUCCUACCAGGCCCGCACGAAAAAAGGCGGGUGGCAAGAAAGGUAAGAUUACGUGUGUCACGAACAUUGUCACGAAAUGACACAUUGUCACGCAAUUUUUCACUUCCGAUAUAUAUCGCGCGCA